AUGACGGCUGUUCGCUUUCCUACCUGUUGGGACGGUAAGAACCUUGACUCACCCGAUCACAUGGCGCACAUGUCAUACCCUGAGUUUGGUAGCUUCGAAUCCGGCGGUCCAUGUCCAGCAUCACAUCCUGUGCGCAUGGGUCAGCUGUUCUACGAAGUCAUUUGGGACACAACCCAAUUCAAUAACAAAGAUGAUUGGCCGAGCGAUGGGUCUCAGCCUUUUGUGUGGAGUUUUGGUGACGGCACUGGUUACGCAAACCACGGUGACUACCUGUUCGGAUGGAAAGACGACGCCCUGCAACGCGCGCUUGAUAACCCGUGCUAUAUUGAUUGCCCAACAUUGAAGACACAGGACGCGGCUGCAAUGAACAAAUGCACAGUUGACCGUGUCGUGAAGGAGGAAAUCGAUGCCUGUAACUACGCUGCCUCGAACUACAAACAUCCCAACAGCGUCUUCACACACGUGGACGCGCGUGGUAUCGUCUUUGCGGUCCAGAAGUUCACUCAUACCGAGACGAAAUUUGCGGUUCGCGGUGGUGGUCAUAUGCCGAUUGCUGGUAGCAGCAAAAUUGAUGCGACCGGUGUUCUACUUUCAACGACGGACUUCAACGGCUUGCAGCUGAAUGGCAACAAAGACGUCGUCUCAGUUGGUGCAGGGCUGAGGUGGGCACAAGUGUACAAUUUCUUGGCAAAGGAAGGCUUGGCCGCGGUUGGUGGGCGUGUGGGAGAGAUCGGAGUGUCCGGUCUGCUUCUGGGUGGUGGCCUCUCCAUCUACUCGAGUCGAUAUGGCUUCGCUUCCGACAACGUGCUGAAGUACGAGGUGAUUGAUGGUUCGAUCGUUGAAGCGACCGCAAACGACUCGCAUUCGGACCUCUUCUGGGUACCGAAAGCUGGCGGCAACUCUUUCUGUAUCGUGACCCGCUUUGACCUCGCCACCCUAAAGUCGCCGAAAGUGUUCAUUGAAUCGUCAGAGUACUCGAGCGACCAAGCACCGAAGUUCAUUGAUGCUGUCUACAACUUUGCCCAGUAUGGUGCUACAAUUGCGAAAGCAGCGCUGACACCCGUCGUCACCAUUGAUGCUCACAUGAAGGAAGUAAGGUGCCUCGCCACAAAGUUCUACGACUCCGACAUCGACAUUUCCUACGUCUGGAGUAACUUCACCAAGCCUAUCAUAAAACCUGUAAAGCACGACUACAAGUUACAGCCGCUGAACGAAGUCCUCAAAAGCUACCAAGGUUGGGUCCCAGGGACCCUUCGCCGCAGGUGGCAAGUCAUCUCGAGCUUGGCUACCCGAGAUGCAAUCGACCUCAUUCAUGGUACCCUCAUUUCGGAAACGAAUAGGAGGCUCGCAGACCGGGCUAACGCUACCACUGGUGUAUCGUUCCAGCCUCUCACCAAGGAGUUCAUCCGCCAAGGCAUUCUGAAGGGCGGAAACCCAUAAG